ACUGUGGCUGAACAUGUUUUUGAGACGGUCUCUCUUUGACUGACUGACUGACUGACUGACUGACCGACCGACCGACCGACCAACCGACCGACCGACCGACCGACCGACUGACGACUCUUGUUUUAAUUGUUUUCAUGAAUAAGGUUGUGUAACACGAAUAAGUUUUAAUUUGCAAGACUGUCCUAGAAGAGUAUAAAAAAUGGGUGAAGACAACUUAUCCUUGGUGUUGCAUGGUAUUGGUGAUAUGAGAUUAGAACAAAGACCAGUGCGAAAACCUGGUCAAAAUGAGGUCUUGCUGAAAAUGCAUUCAGUUGGUAUUUGUGGUUCUGAUGUGCAUUAUUUGAAAAAUGGCCGAAUUGGUGAUUUCGUUGUUAAAGAUCCCAUGGUUCUUGGUCACGAAGCUAGUGGAACUGUUGUUGACGUUGGGGAAGGUGUCAUUCAUUUGAAGAAAGGAGACAGAGUUGCUGUUGAACCAGGUGUUCCAUGUCGCGUUUGUAAUUUCUGCAAAUCAGGUCGUUAUAACUUAUGCUCGAGUAUUUUCUUCUGCGCUACGCCUCCUGAUGAUGGUUCACUAAGUCGGUUUUAUGUUCAUGCUGCAGAUUUCUGUUACAAGUUGCCGAAUCAUGUUUCCUAUGAAGAGGGAGCAUUAUUGGAACCUCUCUCUGUUGGCGUGCAUGCUUGUAGAAGGGCUGGCGUGGUUAUGGGAGAUACAGUUUUAAUUCUAGGAGCAGGUCCCAUUGGUCUGGUUACAUUGAUGGUUGCUAAAGCAGCUGGUGCUAGCAGAAUCGCUAUAACAGAUCUCGAUGCAAAUCGCUUGCAAAUGGCUUCAAAACUUGGUGCUGAUCAGACGAUCAAGGUAACAUCUCGGGAUGGAAAAGAAGUAGCUGACCAUAUCCGCUCAUCGUUUGGUGAUCCUGAUAGAACAAUAGAAUGUACAGGGGCAGAGUCAAGCAUACAAACGGGAAUAUAUGCAACCAAAUCUGGCGGUGUUCUUGUUAUUGUUGGAAUGGGAAAAUCGGAAAUAACACUUCCCAUAGUAAACGCGCUGGUGCGUGAAGUGGACGUUCGAGGAAUUUUCAGAUACGCGAACUGCUACCCAACAGCUUUAGAAUUGGUUGCUUCUGGUAAGGUCGAUGUUAAGCCGUUGAUUACGCAUCGAUUCAAACUUGAGCAAUCCCAUGAUGCUUUUGAGGUGUCUGCUUCGGGAAAAGACAAUGCUAUAAAAGUGAUGAUUUCGUGUGAAAAGUGAUGAAGUCAAUGCAAAUAGACUGAGGGGAGUGGAAAAUGAAAAUAGCCAUCUUGUGAAUCAAUGUUACCAUAUGGACUGUCUUUAAAAACCUUUCCAAAGAUAAAGUUAACAUCAAAGGCUUCGGAUACAUUUACACAUGGUCAUAUAUGAUGAUGAUUUAUUUAUAACAUGACAAAUGACAUGACAAUGACAUGACACUUAGAAAUUUAUUUGUAAAUCUUAUUUUAUUAAUAAUUUUAUUUGCAAGACAGUCUUUAUUUUCCUUCUUUUAUUGUAAGUAGAAUGAGCGCUCUCAUUCUGUUUUAAAAAGAGAAGAAUAAAGUUAUAUCUCCCA